UGAUCUAACCACAUUCAAAGCUUUUUGUUCAUAACCUAUUACUCUCGUGUUUUGGUGGUGAUAAGGUGGGGUUUUGAUGGCUGGGUGUGGCCAUCAAAACCGGAGCGAGGUGGUACUUCGAAGGAGAGUGACUGCCUAUGGAAUGGGAGAAGAUUUUCCCCAUCUUGCAAUCUGGCACACAUACAUCAAUAGUCAAGGAGCUCCUCCCUUACAUCACCAGACUCAUAUGCAACAUAUGGUGUUUUGGAUGCUCAGAGAAUGGAGAAGUAAAGACAUGGGGUUGGGGUGAGCAUGGUCAACUUGGCUUGGGAGAUACUUGUGACAGGAUCAGUCCUGAUACAGUAAGUCUCGGGUAUGAUCUGAAUGAAGCUGCAUCAAUCAGAGUUUACUGCGGAAGUGGCUUCACGUUUGCUCUAACCAUGCCAUAAGUUCUUCCCAAACUUGAUGAUGCUCUACUUUUACGGUGGCAGUGUAUAGAAUGAUGAUACACCCCAAGGCAUGCCAAUCUCUCUGCAUGUUUAACAAAGAAACACCUUUAAAAAUCCAUGAACAGAACACCAAUAAUAGGCCAAGAAAGUGGCCCUAUUUCAAAUGUUGUCUUGGGAUGACUAAGUGCCCCUGAAAUUUCUAACAUUUCUUUGAAGCCAAAGUGUCUAAAGAACAGCAAAGACAGCUCUACUACAGAAUUUUCAGAUUCUAAACGAAAGCCAAAUCCCUUAAAUUCAAUAAGGAGACUCCGAUUCAAGUUCUUAGAGCUGAUCCAAUUGUCACAGAAAAUUAGGUUUAAGCUCUGGUUUUCUCUGUUUUUGUAUUAAGCAAACAUUGUGGAGGUUCUUUCCACCGGCAUGAAUGUGGUAUAGUACUCGUGUUGUGCAUGCUUUGGAAAUUCAUAAUCUAUUUGUUCUAUACAGAUAA